GCAAAAAUAUUCAAGAGGGAAGAAGAUGAGAGCCGAACCGACUCAAAACAAUCAUCUUAAAUCUCGUUAGAGAAAACGGAGAGAACGUAGAGUAUAAAAAUAUGAUUAAAACAUAAACUCAUGUAAGAAAGAGCAUGAUUGAAUCAAAGGUAUCAAAGGUAUCAAAGAGAAGUAACAUUUGGUGUAUUCCGUCGUUUGACUGCGAACCUAUAAACGAGUCUUUAGCAAAACGUAGUAAUACAGUAGAGCUAGAUAAGACUCUGUUUGAUGAAUCAUUCACGCAGAAUAAUUUCAAGCGAAGGAAACAUGAGACCAGCUUGUCGAAGUUGCUUGCAGCUUGCGAACCACAGAAGCCUUCCGAAUUGGCCGUUAGUAAACAGAAACAAAAUGAGAUUUCUAAUUGGCUUCAAUGCAAGGCAUCAAAGAGGCAACCAUCCAUGUUGAUUCUUUUCGGACCUGCCGGUUGUGGCAAAACCGCAGCCAUAAAAUUACUCGCUAAGGAAAAUGAUUUUAAUGUCAUUGAAUGGAUUACACCGAUCGAUCCAACUGAAGAUGAAAAUAGACGAAUAAUGCGACAAGGGGAUAGAUUUGAAGAUCACUUAAUUCGCGCAACGCGUUACCGUACAGUAUUGGGUGAUUGUCUCAAACAAUUGCUUCUUGUGAAGGAUCUACCAAAUAUUUACCAAGAAGAUGAUAAAAGCUUCUUUCCACUCUUGGAAAAAUAUUUCCAGAUAGGAAGAGAACCUGUGAUAUUUGUUUGUACAGAGACUGGGAAUUCGAGAUUGAUGCACACUUUGUUUCCACUCGAUGUGAGAGAGAAAUUUGGUAUCGAUCUCAUCAACAUAAAUGCGGUCACACCUACCGCGAUGAAAAACGUAUUGAAACGAGUAUCCAGUACAUUGAACUCCAUCGCUGGUGACAUGUUGCACAUCACUCAGCAACACAUCGAUGAGAUACUGUCCAACAGCAUUGGCGAUGUACGCAGCGCUGUUCUAAAUCUAAUUUUCGUUUCUCUCAGAGUGCCCGAUCGACAUCUGAAAAGCGAAUGUGGGCUACGAGAGGAAACCUUGGGUCUGCUGCACGGCAUCGGAAGGGUUAUUAAUCCGAAAAGAGAACCACACGGCGACUCCUGGAAAUUUGUACACGACCCCGAGGAAAUAGCGUCAUUCUUCGAAUCGCAAUCAAUAGUAUUCGUAAAAUUUCUUCAAGAAAAUUAUUUGAAUACUAUAAGAACUCUAGAGGAGGCAGCCGCAGUAUCUGAUAUAUUGAGUCUGGCUGAUGUUCUAAAUUCUGAAUGGCGUGAUCGUAACUUGAGUAAAAUUACUCUAUCAUACUGCAUUCAUGGCCUGAUGCUAAUGAAUGAAAAACCUGUAACUGCUUGGAAUCCAGUGAGAAAACCGCGGGAUGAUCAUAAUAACAUACGGAGAUGUCUGGUUACAGCAGAAACACUCAGUUAUCAAUCUAUAAUUAAAUCUACUUUUACGGAAACAAACGAAAUAUUAAAUAAAGAUAUAGAAAUAAUCAUCGAAGAAGAUUAGAACAGCGUUGAAUUACAUAUGAAAUAUUUAUUUCUUUUACCGAAUAUUAUUUUCCUAUCUUUUGUAUUCUUUCGAUUUAAUCACAUACUAUAAAAUGCAAACAGUAACGUUAAAGA